UAAUAGACUCCUAUGGGUGCUUACGCGCAUCUGCCUUCUAUAACUAUCACAAAUAGAACCAAAAGGAAGGAAUGUACUUAGUCUAUGUCUCUGCGAAAGGGGAGGCCGUUAAAACACCCCCCAGAGAUAGAGACCAUUGUCGCUAAGGACCCUGAUCUGUUCGAGGAGCCUACAAGAGUUGUAGACAGGGAGGUUGUCCAUGCCAUACAGAUUAUCCCGGGUAGCAAGACACCUAAAGGGAGGAUCUAUAGGAUGGCUCCGGCCGAGUUGGACGAGUUUCGGCGACAACUAAAAGAGCUCACAGAGAAGGGUUGGAUUCGGCCUAGCACCUCCCCUUUUGGCUCACCAGUCUUAUUUGUUCCAAAGAAAGGGGGAACACUAAGGAUGUGCAUUGAUUAUAGAGGCCGCAAUGCCAUCACCGUUAAGAACGCAGAGCCUCUACCACGCAUCGACGACCUAUUGGAUAGGGUGCAAGGGUGUAAGUACUAUACCCAGAUAGACUUGAAAUCCGGCUACCAUCAGAUUGCCAUAAGACCAGAGGACCAGCAUAAAACCGCAUUCCAGACCAGGUACGGUCUGUACGAGGUUGUGGUGAUGCCCUUUGGCCUUUGCAAUGCACCGGGUACAUUCCAGCACGCCAUGAAUAGGAUCGUCCAUGACUACUUAGAUAAGUUUGUUGUCGUGUACCUCGACGAUAUACGUACCUUUGGUAAGACUGUCGAGGAGCAUGCUCAACAUGUAGACAAAGUACUUUCACUCCUUCAUCAUCACAAGUAUGAGAUAAACGCAGAGAAAUGCGAGUUCGGAUGCACUCGAAUCUUGUACUUGGGUCAUGAAGUGUCCGCGGAUGGGAUUAGGCCCAAAGAUGCAAAGGUGGCUAGCAUACGUGACUGGCCACGACCCCAGUCUGUGAUUGAGGUCAGAUCAUUCUCGGGAAUGUGUGGUUAUUAUCGCAAUUUCAUAAAGAAUUAUUGCACGAUCACAUCUCCCUUGACUGAUCUAACUCGACUUGACACACCAUGGGAUUGGACCGACGAGUGUGAGGCAACUUUCAAGCGUUUGAAGCAUGCUCUCACACACCAUGAAGUUCUCAUGGUGCCUGACCUGCAGAGGCCAUUUGUUGUUACCAUUGAUGCAAGCCAAUAUGGCAUUGACUCAGUGCUGGCUCAACAGGAAGGGAAAAAGUUGAGACUGGUCAAGUACAUGAGCAAAAAGAUGCCAUCAAAGAAGUUGGCAAAGUCCACCUACGAAAGGGAACUCUAUGCUCUCUACAAGGCACUUGUCCACCGGAGGCGCUAUCUGUUAGGAAGAUUCUUUUACUUGAGAACCGGCCAUCAGACCCUCAAGUGGAUCAAGACCCAACUAGUUCUCUCCGAUGCACUCAAACGCUGGAGUGAAGUCAUAGACCAGUAUGACUUCAAACUAGACUAUGUGAAGGGAGAGUACAACAAGGUUGCGGACGCGUUGUCUAGAAGGGCAGAUUACCUAUGUGCGCUGAUUUCUGAGUUUGGCUUAUCUGAGAACGUGACUCGAUCCUUGGGGGAAGCCUACAAGGAAGAUCCCGUCACGAUGGGCAUCAUCAACAAACUGCAGGCCAAAGGCAAGGUCACUUUUGACGAGUUUGUGAUGGUGGAUGGGUUACUCUUUCUUGAAAAGGCAGGGUUUAAGAGGACUGAGCACGUCAUUAAGUUGUUCAUGGAUAACUGGGUGCGUGACUUUGGACUGCCAAAGACAAUCGUUAGUGAUAGAGAUGUGUGUUUCACCAGCGAGAUGUGGAAGAAGUCCGCUGAACAGAUGGGCAGCCAGCUUCAGAUGACCUCUGGGAAUCAUCUCGAAGCAAAUGGGCAGGCUGAACAGAUGAACCGUGUGGUGCAGCAUCUGCUGAGGCAUUACAUCAAGCCCAGCCAGGAGGACUGGGAUGAGAAACUGCCUCUCAUCGCCAGUCUGUACAACAAUGUUGUUCACAGCACCACCGGUGUCCGUCCUGAUCAACUACAUCUAGGAUGGAAGCCUAUAUCUGCUCUAGACUUCCUCCUGCCUGAAAACCGAACUGUUGCAACUCCUGGAACCAUUGAAUUUGGUGUCCAGUAUGAGAAAUUGUUGCAGCAGACUGUCGAACACAUCAAGAAAUAUCAGGAAGCUAUGAUUGCUUCUGAGAACAAACGUCGCCGACAGUCCACAUUUCAGGUAGGGGAACGUGUCUGGGUCAAGGCUAGUGAGUUGCGACAGGAGUUUGGCAUCUCUAGGAAACUAAUGCCUCAGUAUUUCGGUCCCUGGGAAGUCUUAGACAUUGUGGGGAAUGAUUUGGAUGGUCCCUCGUACGUCACUCGUAUCCCUGGUCAGCUACGCACAUACCCUGUUUUUCACGCCUCCAAGCAUGCACCUUUCGCUGAGACAACACAGUUCCCAUCACGAAGAUCUAUGCUGCCCCCAACCAUGGAUGGCCACGUGGACGUCGACGACAUCCUGGAUCACAGAGACACGCUUGUUCCCAAGCCACCUAGCAGGGGAAGACCUCCUAAACCGGCAAGGGAGUACAAAGUGCAUUUCAGGCAUCAUACGGAUCCUAUGGAAGAUCAAUGGAUUUCAAGGGAGGAACUUGUCAAGACAGCUCCUGAGAGUGAUGGCCGAACGGUCGGCUGCUUAGCGCCCGCGGCGCAACAGGUUUGCGCCGGUGCAAGCACUAACACCCGUUGAUGGUGUUCGAGAGGAGGCAUGGUGAGGGAGGGAGAAGAGAAGUGGAGAGACGGGACGGGAUACCGCACUCG